AUGGUGAAGAUAUCAGAGGUUCCUACACGGCCUGGCGAGAUGACAACCGCUUUCUUGCAGCAAAUAAUGCAUGCAUCCUUUCCGUCACAUCGUGUAGUUGAUUUUGAGUGGCAACCCAUGAAUCUUGGAGUGAUUGCAGAGGUUGUAAUCAUCGCAGUGGAGUUUGAAGUUAACAACACUUGCAGUGAUGCAAAGAAGAUCGUACGACGGUUUGUAGGGAAGUUUCUACGACCUGAAUUCCCAUUUGAAUCCAUGUUUACGGUCGAGUCAAAGUUUUACAAUAACUGUACGACAAAAGGAAGCGAUACAGCAGUGAAAAACUCGGCAGAGGUCGUGAAAUUUCCAUUUGCAAUUCCGACUGCAGUUUUUACGUCGAAUGUACUGAUUGUAUUGGAAUGCGUCGAGUCUGUCAAGUCAUUUACAUGUGUAGAUGGAAGUCCACCGCACCAUAUUCCUAUGUUGGUGACAAAACUAGCCCAGAUGCAUGCGCGCUUUUGGGGUCACGAUUGUGAUGGGCUUGCAACACCAGCGGGAAUAGGUAGCCAUCUAUCUGGUGAAGAGAAACGUCUGCAGUUUCCAGGUUGCUGGAAGGAUUACGUCGAUGACAUACCGUUGGAAAGCAUCGAGAAAGCACAAUUAACGACAUUGUGUCAACGUUUGAGCAACAAACCUGACCAGCUCAAAGUGGUGCAUGAAAUGGUCGAUUGUGGACCUUCUUCACUAAUCCAUGGCGACUUUCACAUUGCUAAUAUGCUUCUACCGACGGAUGGCGCUGAAGAAGUGACGUGGCUCUUAGAUUGGGCAACGUGCGGACAGGGUAAUCCUCUGCGUGAUCUUGCAUUUUUCUUCAUUGUCAGUGUACGAGCGAGUCAUCGUCGAGAACAGGAAGACGAGUGCUUGAAGAUGUAUCACGAAGCACUGGUAACAGAAGCGGGUGUUGUGCAUUUGUCGCUAGAUGAGCUGUUUUGGCAGUAUAAGUUGUGCGUUCUCAAUCAGUUCUUGAUUUUGGUCGUCUACGACAGCCUGAGCAAAAGUUUUGCAGCAAAUGCAAAGACAGAAAAGCUUCGUGUGGAGCUGGACACUCAUUUUCGAGAAGUGAAUCGUCGUGCGUGCUUGAGUGUCUUGGAUAACAUUGGCGAGAAGGACCUCGAGUUUUUGGAAGCUCGCUGCUCACGAUAA